AUGGCGAGCGCAGACGAGGCUGAGCGACCUGUUUCACCGUCGGCUUUUUCCGCGGAGCAGAACCACACGGCAGGGGCUCAUGGGUCUGUGGAGAAUCUUUCCCUCGUGACGUAUUCGCUGGCUCCGCUCCGGCCGGACAUCCGCGUCACUGUGGGAUUGUGCGUCGAUGUCAAAAACAGUCAAGAAGUUUUCGCUCGUGUCGUUCAGAGGCCUCCCGAAGGACCGUCUCCCACCGAAGACCCAAGCCGACCAACAAGCCCACAAAUUUCCAGUUACACCAACACGGGGCUUUCAGAGGGAGGAAGUAGGGGCGCUUUGUCGCCCGCGCCGACAGGCGACUCAAAAGGGCGGUCAACAGGUAGCUCAGACCGCUUACCUGCACCGUUUUCAUGCUGGCUGUGCAUGAACCCCGGCUCGCUGGUGGCUGUUGACCAGAUCUUUCUGGGUGUCUUACGAGCUGCGGAGCACUUUGAGCAAGGAACCAUGAAGACGAAUGACGUGAAGAAAGAGAUUCUGUACUGCGCAUCACCGACUCGAAACAUUGCUCAAGCCCUGCAGCACCUUGGUAUGCAGCCGAACAUGCGGGAGGUGGUGCUUGUUAUGGUGCAAAUGGGCGAAGAGACCCAAAGGGAGGUCUGCUCGCACAUCCGUGGCUCUUGGCGUGACGUGUCGGAAUUGGGGACUUUCUGCGACACAAAACGGAUUCGCAGCUUCAUACACUGUUCCCCUGAGGAGGAACUGCUACCAGGCGGACUCGAGGCCGCUGUCAUGGGACGAAUUGCGUGCAAAUACGUGUGA